GUCAGUGGUGUUGGGUCGUGAGUGGUAGCUGGUCUCCGCCAUGCCGAAGCCUACCCCUGUUGAGGAUUUAAUAAUACCACCACAGGACCAAAAAAUAUGUGGGACUAUAUGUGUUUGUCAAAUGACAGCUGUCUUGAGUUGUGUCGCUAUUGUAUAUCUCACUGUCGCCAUAUACAUGCCUUACACCCGCGCGAUCGCUUCAGGCAUCGACCCAACACCAAUUAUGUGUACAACAACUAGGGCAGUGAACAAAGAAAACUGUGACUGGGGCUCGUGCGGUGAAUGGUGCUUGAGCAAGACCUCCGGAGCCUGCAUUCAGAUUUACGUCAAUGUUAGAAAGAACGGUUCGUCGUUACUGCUUUCUGAAUGUGGCAACGCUGCGAAUAAAACAUGCUAUGGCAUUGAUCAAGAAAACGCUAAAAAGUACCACUGUAUCCGUGACGAAUGUAGGAAUUUAACCGGGACUUUCAACUGUACAGAAGGAAAGUGUAUAAAUAUAACAGACGCUUUUGAAUGUGCCUUCAGAGAAACGGAUCCACCAUUAAAAUGUUCUGGAAGACGAGGGAAAAUAACAUGUAUUGACGUACAUGGAUUGUUUUCUUGUAGUAGAGGAACUUGUAGAAAAAUAAGAACUCCUUACAACUGUGACCGUCGCUGCGUAGACAUCCCCACUCGUAACAAAAAUGUUAUAGUAUUAAGUGGAGAUAGAGUGUUUCUUGCAAGAUGUGCAAAACUUGCUCAAGAGGAAAAUGGAACUAUAGUAUGGACUGAUUCGGGAGAAGAAGUCCUCAUGUUGUCUUGUCACGCGGUCCAUAAUGGUACAUCAGGCGUUGUUGCCAUUGAUUGCAUCAACGCAGCACUGUUGCCAAGAACGGAAAUAGCAGAUUUGACGAAUUUUACCUACUUGCAAUAUUUAUACACAAUGAGAGCAUUACCUAACCGUUACAUAGCACCAUCGGAAGUAGAAUUAACUUUGGCAAAUGAUAGUCGUUUGAUGAUUAAUUUAGAAGGUUGCGUUAACACUCUCGCCGACGAGUGCAAAGAAUUCUUGAAGACUUACGGUCGGGAUGGUACAGAUCAUAAUGCGAAAGCGAGAUUCCCAUGUUUUUACACUGAAAACAACCCAGAUACAGUGGUUGCAAGAUUUGAUUUAGACGCCACGUACCGACAAUUCAUUGUUGCUUUACUUCUUCCAACAGUUCUGGUGGUAGUGUCGUGUAUUACAUUGUUGCUGUGUCAAACAACAGUUGUAGUGGGUGACGAUGCGAAAAUGAGAUUUAAGGGAUGCUCUAGUGGACAAGCGGAGAUGCAAAUGUCACCAAAUGAUCCUGUAUCUCCCCUCUGA